UUCUCAAGAACUGUCACUCUCACUCAAAACCUCUCCGCCACCGUCCACCGCCGUCAACCACCGUCGACCGCCGUCAUGAAAAAAUGCAAAAUGACAAAUGUGUUUGGUUCAUGCUAGUGACCAUUUAUAUUCACCACCUUCAUUAGUAAGCUACUAGCUAGCGCCGCCGUGUACGGCGGAGCAAGGAGGUGCUGAUUUUCUCCGGUAAGAAAACUUUAAUAGCUGCAGUUUAGUAAAUGUUUCAGUAAAGAUAAACAAGAACUUUUUAGUUCACAUGCAUGGUAAGUAAAAUUUUUUGAGUUGGUGUGAGUUUGAAGCAAACCUCCAUUAACACACCACAUGUAUGUUGUCUUGUUAGAGUGAACUUUCAAACACUAUUACUAUUUUUUCUACAACCCCAUUUGUUGAUUUUAGUUUUCACUCUGUAAUGGAGAAGAAAAGCUUCCAGUUUUACACUUCCCCUUCAUGUUAUUUCUUGUUUUUGUUGAUUUCUUGGUUAAGUUUAAGUCCAAAGAUUGUAUUUUUAGUGAGCUCUGUUUCUUCUGAUGGUCAAGCUUUGCUUUCUCUGCUUAAAGCAGCUGACCCUUAUACUAAAUCAUCAUCUUCUGUGCUUUCUUCUUGGAACCCUUCAAGUUUAACUCCAUGUUCUUGGCAAGGGAUUACUUGUUCUCCUCAAGAAAGGGUUAUUUCCCUUUCUAUCCCAAAUACAUUUCUAAAUCUCUCUUAUUUGCCUUCUGAACUCUCUUCCCUUUCAUAUUUGCAGCUUCUUAAUCUUUCUUCUACUAAUAUUUCUGGCACAAUCCCUCCAUCUUUUGGUUCUUUUUCUCAUCUUAGGCUUUUGGACCUUUCUUCUAAUUCACUUUCAGGUUCUAUUCCAUCAGAACUUGGUGGGCUUAGUUCACUUCAGUUCUUGUUCUUGAAUUCAAACAGAAUGACUGGUAAGAUUCCACCAGAGUUAGCUAAUCUUUCUUCAUUAGAAAUCUUUUGUCUUCAAGAUAAUCUCCUUAAUGGGUCAAUUCCAUCACAGUUAGGGUCCUUAGUGUCACUCCAGCAGUUUAGGAUUGGUGGAAAUCCAUAUUUGAGUGGUGAAAUUCCUGCACAGUUAGGCCUGCUCACCAAUCUUACCAUGUUUGGUGUUGCGGCGACUGGUCUUUCGGGUGUUAUUCCGCCAUCAUUUGGGAAUUUGAUCAAUCUUCAAACACUGGCAAUUUAUGAUACUGAAGUAUUUGGCUCGAUACCUCCUGAACUUGGGAUGAUUUCGGAGCUUAGGUACUUGUAUCUGCACAUGAAUAAGCUCACUGGUUCAAUACCUCCUCAGUUGGGUAAGCUGCAAAAGCUUACUAGCUUGCUUUUAUGGGGAAAUUCAUUAACUGGACCUAUACCAGCUGAGGUUUCGAAUUGUUCGUCCCUUGUGAUUCUUGAUGUUUCUGCAAAUGAAUUGUCUGGUGAAAUUCCUGGUGAUUUGGGCAAGCUAUUGGUUCUUGAACAGCUUCAUUUGUCUGAUAAUGCACUUACCGGUUCUAUACCGUGGCAGUUAAGUAAUUGCACUAGCCUGACAGCUCUUCAGCUAGAUAAGAACCAAUUAUCAGGGCAAAUUCCCUGGCAAGUUGGUAAGUUGAAGUACUUGCAGAGUUUUUUCUUGUGGGGGAAUUCGGUUUCAGGAACCAUUCCGGCUGCUUUUGGAAACUGUACUGAGCUAUAUGCACUUGAUCUUUCGAGGAACAAGCUAACCGGAUCAAUCCCUGAGGAGAUAUUUGAUUUGAAGCAGCUGAGUAAAUUGUUGCUUCUUGGGAAUUCGUUAACUGGACGAUUGCCUCGAAGUGUUGCCAGAUGCCAGUCUCUGGUGAGGCUGAGGCUUGGUGAGAACCAGCUUUCGGGACAGAUUCCUAAGGAGAUUGGUCAAUUGCAGAACCUCGUGUUUCUUGAUUUGUACAUGAACCAUUUCUCUGGCGGCUUGCCUUCUGAAAUUGCCAACAUUACAGUUCUUGAGCUGUUGGAUGUGCACAACAAUUACCUAACUGGGGAAAUACCACACCAGAUGGGGGAGCUUGUGAAUUUAGAGCAACUUGAUCUUAGCCGGAACAGCUUUACCGGUGAGAUCCCUUCGAGUUUUGGCAAUCUCAGUUACUUGAACAAACUUAUUCUCAGUAACAAUCUGCUUACUGGUCCAAUUCCAAAGUCUUUUAAAAACUUGCAGAAGUUAACUCUACUUGAUUUGAGCUCAAAUACUCUUUCUGGUGAGAUUCCAUCUGAGCUUGGCUACGUCGCAAGCUUAACAAUUGGUUUGGAUUUGAGCUCGAAUCGUUUCACGGGUGAACUUCCUGAAACAUUGUGCAGUUUGUCACAGUUGCAAUCUCUUGAUAUUUCUCAUAAUUUGUUGAGUGGAAGGAUCACAAUUCUAAGCUCCCUGACCAGCCUUACUUCCCUGAAUGUUUCAGACAACAAUUUCUCGGGGCCUAUUCCUGUCACACCAUUCUUUAGAACUCUCACUUCAGAUUCUUUUCUGGAGAAUUCACUCUGUCAAUCAGUUGAUGGUUAUAGUUGUUCUUCACAUAUAAUGGGAAGGAAUGGGUUGAAGUCACCGAAAACCAUAGCUCUGGUUGCGGUGAUUCUGACUUCUGUAGCCAUAGCAGUCGUGGCUAUGUGGAUUCUUGUGACGCGAAACCACAGAUACGUGUUUCAGAAGUCCCAAGGCCUGUCAGCCUCUUCUGUAGGGGCAGAAGACUUUUCCUACCCUUGGACUUUCAUCCCCUUUCAAAAGUUCAAUUUCACUAUAGACAACAUCUUGGAUUGCUUGAAAGAUGAAAACAUCAUUGGGAAAGGAUGUUCUGGUGUUGUAUACAAAGCAGAAAUGCCUAACGGUGAGGUGAUUGCAGUGAAGAAGCUUUGGAAAACAAAGAAAGACGAGGAGCCAGUAGAUUCUUUUGCAGCAGAAAUUCAAAUUCUCGGACAUAUUAGGCAUCGAAACAUUCUGAAGUUAUUGGGAUAUUGUUCAAACAAAAGCGUUAAGCUUCUGCUCUACAACUACAUUUCAAAUGGCAAUCUCCAUCAGCUCUUGCAAAGUAACAGAAAUUUGGACUGGGAAAUUAGGUACAAAAUCGCCAUUGGAUCAGCUCAAGGCCUUGCUUAUCUUCACCAUGACUGUGUUCCAGCCAUUCUUCAUAGAGAUGUCAAGUGCAAUAAUAUACUGAUCGACUCCAAGUUUGACGCAUAUAUCGCAGACUUUGGACUUGCAAAGCUAAUGAAUUCGCCAAACUAUCACCACGCUAUGUCCAGUGUAGCAGGAUCUUAUGGAUAUAUUGCUCCAGAAUAUGGAUAUACAGCGAAUAUAACAGAAAAGAGUGAUGUCUAUAGUUAUGGAGUGGUGCUGCUGGAAAUACUUAGUGGACGUAGCGCUGUUGAUUCUCAGAUAGGUGAUGGGCUUCACAUUGUCGAGUGGGUAAAGAAGAAAAUGGGAAGCUUUGAACCAGCUGUUACAGUUCUCGACACUAAGCUACAAGGUUUGCCGGAUCAAGUGGUCCAAGAAAUGCUGCAAACGCUUGGAAUAGCGAUGUUCUGUGUCAACUCAUCGCCAGUUGAAAGGCCAACAAUGAAGGAAGUUGUGGCACUUCUUAUGGAAGUAAAGAGUUCACCUGAUCAAGAAUUUGGGAAAACUUCUCAGCCUCUAAUAAAACAAUCCUCAACUCAAAGUUGAUUAAUUUUGUAAUGUUUUUUGCUUUUGACUAAGAUGAGUAGGAAUUAGUUUUCUUUAGUUCCCAAGAUAUGAUCAAGUCAACUCAUAGUUCCAAGCAUUGGAUAAUGUCUUGAGGUCCAUUGUGUACAUAUUUCAGAAACAUUUAUGUAGGUUUUUUCUCUGUGCUGAGAUUUUAGCUUUCAAAAUGCUUGUUGUUGCACCAUA